GGGGAAUUUAUAACCAUAUCCGGUCUACUGAUAAAUCUCGAACACGUGGUGCAUUUUAUGUAAUUGGUGGCGAGCGUGAGUUGAACGGUAACAUGGGAUUGGGACAUCUGCAGAAUUUAGCAGCUACAAUCUUUCAACCAUCGGUUAAUCCAGUUGCCAAAGCUACACAUACACUUCUCAAGGAAUUUCAUCUUAAAGGCAUUAAGAGAGUUGAAGUCAAAUUCGAUCCAUUUCAUCCUAACGUUAAGUCUAUACGUGAUUUUGUUUAUUAUUUAUCGGCACCAAGAAUACGUCAGAGCAACGUGAAAUGUGCUUUUAAAACUUCGGUUGUUAACGAUCGUUCGGAACCAACUGCAUUAGUUACCAUCGGCAGUAGAUAUCAACUGUCCUUCAGAACUUUUCUACUUAUAAAAAUUAAUAUAAUAAAAUUUUGGAAUGCAUACUGUAGUUAUAAUAAAACUGUGUUUGCCUGAUUCUGUGCAAUUACGUCUCCAUAGAGCCAAAACUUACUUGUUAGUGCUCAUAUAUCCAAAUUGUAAUAUAAAAGGAUAAAAAGCAAAUCACCAAUAAUAAAAUUUUAUUGGAUGUGUAAUUUUAUUUGUAAUUGACUUGAUUAUGCACUUUCUACAUUUUUUAUGACUGCAAAUUGCUUUUGUUAUCUAUUCUCACAUAUCUUGCUACCUAAAAAUAUGUGACAUAAUAGAUAUAACAUUUGAUUGUAGACAGAAGUAAAGUAUAUAUGCAUUUCAACCUACAAAUUUUAGAGUAGGUUACUGGAACUUUUAACAUGCAUAUAUUGUGAUUUUAAAUACACCAAAAUCCAACCCUUAGUUAUAAUUAAUAAUUUUUUUCAAUUUAUUUAAUUACUUAAAAUAUCAAAUAAUUCAUAAUAUAAACUUCUACAUUCAAAGAACAUCGGGAUGAAAUCAACACAUUGAACCCGUUACCGGUGUGGGUGAUAUGACGGAUAAAUAUCGCAAACGUUCGAAAACGUUUGCGAAACAUAAUGUUCUUCCUCAGAGAGACAUGGAUUCAAUUCUAUUUUAAAUAUUCAUAAUAUUCUUACACUUCCAAAUGUAAACAAUUUUAAAUUAGAAAAACAAUACCCAAAUACUGAUUAAUAUUAAUCCAAGAGCCACUACUUCACAAAACCAAUAAACCAGCAAUAAAAAAAAAAAGUGAAUAGCACAAUCUCCAAUCUAUGGAAAA